GAGGGUGACGAAAUUCCUUUCCUCCCUCUUUUCCUUUCCUUUCCUUUGACUUCAAAGACCAUCGUGGAUGAGCCGCAACAAGUAAAACCGAAAGAGUUACAGUUCGUAUCGGCGUUGCGAGAGAGAGAGAGAGAGAGAGAGAGAGAGAGAGAGAGAAAGGGAAUGGGGGAGGGAAGAGAAGGCGAUUGGGAGUGCAGUGGGUGCAAGAACAGGAACUACGCCUUCAGGUCGUUCUGCAACCGGUGCAAGCAGCCUCGGCUUCUCGUCGACACCAAAACCCCCGCCGACUCCAAGUGGUUCCCGCGUAUCGGCGAUUGGAUCUGUACCGGUUGCACUAACAACAAUUAUGCAUCAAGAGAGAAGUGCAAAAAGUGUGGGCAACCGAAGGAGGUAGCAGCAAUGCCAGCAAUUGCAAUCCCUGGAGCUUCUCUCCCAUCUUAUUCACAUUAUUUUGCCAGGGCCCAAGGAGGACCAGAACAAAAGAUGAAUAUGGGAUUGUUUGGCAAUGGAACUCCCCAGCAGGCUCUUCCUUUGAGCUCCAACUGGUCUGUAGGAGGGGUUGAUAAAUAUGGAGUUCAACCUGCUUCUGCUUGGCCCUUGGGUGGUAACCAUAAUUCUGGACUUCCGUAUCCAGAACCUGCUAAUCAGCAUCUUUCGGCUCCUAAAGGAUGGCGCAAUGGUGACUGGAUAUGCAACUGUGGCUUCCAUAAUUACUCCUCACGUGCCCAGUGCAAAAAAUGCAAUGCUUUCCCACCAGCACUUGGAACAAAGCGACUGGCAUCUGAUGACUUGGUGCAUGACUGGGAUAACAAGAGAUUAAAUGUGGGACAAACAAAUAUGCAGCUGCAACCAUACCCAGGUUUUGAGCAAAUGAUAGGGACUGGUGCUGACCCUAAUACUGGACCCUAUGCUCCCUACUCAAAUGUAAGCUCAGGUACUGCUCCGAAUUUGCAAGUGUCGAUGCAGUUUCCACAGCAAGCAACUACACCUGCACUGCUUGGAAAAGGAGCCAAACAAUGGCGCGAAGGAGAUUGGAUGUGUACAAAUUGCAACAACCAUAAUUAUGCAUCCCGGUUACAAUGCAAUAGGUGUAAGACUGAAAGACAUGCGCUCUCUCAGCCUGUCAACGUCGCGUAGCCACAAAUAUUCUGUCUUUCGGAUUAUCAUAUCUUUGAGGGGUACUUGUUGAGGUUUUGUUUUGGUUUUCAUCAUGUACUAUGCUGGCGGGAACAUGAAAAUUUGUUACAAGCUUGUUGUAUUCCCAUAAGAUAGUCAUAGUCAUUCUAGAAAUCAGUAGGAUUAGUAUUUCAGUCCCUGAGGAUGUAAUUUACAGCUUAGAUUGCUUUCAUUUGUUUGCGAGAGUGUUGUUGUGAGUUGUGUGAUUACCGUCCCAUGUUCAAUGUUCAUUUUGAUGAUAAUAGUCAUGGAUUGGUGUUUUAUAAUGGCCAAGCUAGCUUCAGAGUUUUGUUCCA